GGCGCUUCGGGCCCAAGGCGCGGGAGGCUCUGGACCUGUGGCCCCGGAGCUGGUCAGGGCCCGGCUGGGGAUUUCCUUUCAAAGGUGACUUAGAGCUGCUGCAUUAGGUAGCGCCCUCCCGGGCGGGCCCUAAUGGCAUGUUUGGCAGAGUCAGCGAAACGCGGCGCCGGGCGCUGGGCGGCGGGGGAGCGCCCUCUCCUGCGCCCUCGCCGGCUCCCGCGCCGGCUUGCUGCGCGCACGGGGCCAUUUGCAGCGCAGGCAGCCUCGGGAGCGGCCGCGGCGCGCCUGCGGGGAGCGAGGCGGCACCAUGGAGCUGAAGAAGGACAGCAACGCCGUAUCCAUCGACAUGCUGCUGAUCGUGCACCCGGAGAAGCUGCGCGCUGCGCAGGGCGCACACCCGGAGCGGCAGACGGACCCGGGCGCGCUGCCGCAACGCAGAGGAGGGCUCCAAGACGUUGGAAAUGGAAUCCGGAGAUGGCAGCAAUUCGAAGGCAACAACCUGCAUGGAAACCUGGUGGUGAAGCAGCUCCCGCAGCAGACGCAGGUCAUCACUUCCUAUGGUAACCAAGGGACACAGCUGACUGUGGAGGUCCACCCACGAGAUGCCAUGCCGCAGCUGCUCAAGAAGUUCUCCUUGGCUAAGUGUUUACAAGGUGAUAAAAAUGGAAACACAAGAGCCCGGCAGCCUGGAGCAAAAGAUGCCCAUGCCUACCCCUGGGAUCGGUCCAGCCUAAAAUCCAUGCUCCUGGACUUGCAGCAGUUUGAGAAACUGGACACCUGUGCAUCACAGGUGACGGUCAAGAGUGGCCUGGAUGAGCUGGUGAGCAACCUGCUCCAGGAGGCCCACAGCGACCUGGAACGGGUCCGUGCAAUCUGGAUCUGGAUCUGCCACCACAUAGAGUACAACAUUGAGGCUGCCCAGGAGAAGGACCGCCAGGCCCUCAAACUCACUGACAUCCUGCAGACCCAGAAGACCAACUGUGAUGGCUACGCUGGGCUCUUUGAGAAAAUGUGCAGGAUGGCUGGAGUGCAGUGUGUGACCGUGCCUGGCUACUCUAAGGGCUUUGGCUACCAGACUGGACAGAGCUUCUCCGGGGAGUUUGACCAUGCCUGGAAUGCCGUGUACCUGGAGGGGAGAUGGCACCUGGUGGACAGCACCUGGGGCAGUGGCCUGGUGGAUCCCACCACCUCCAAGUUCACCUUCCUCUACAAUGAAUUCUACUUCCUCACCCAUCCCGCACUGUUCAUCGAGGACCAUUUCCCAGACAACAAGAACUGGCAACUGCUGAAACCUCCUCAAUCCCUGAGGCAGUUCGAGAACAGCAUGUAUCACAAGAGCGAAUUCUACAACAAGGGGAUGCUGAGUGCCCACCCGGAGACGUCUGUCAUCAAGACAGUGAAGGGGAAGGCCACAAUCUCCAUUGAGAGCUGUGCCCCAACGCUGUUCAUGUUCAUGCUCAAUGGCAAACAGGAGCAUGGGCUGCUGAACCUCAGGGAGAAUGGGAUGAAACUGGACGUAUACCCUCCAACCGUGGGCACCCACAAGCUGCAGAUCUUCGCCAAAGGCCACUCUGACAUCUACAGCUCCGUGCUGGAGUACACACUCAAGUGCACCUACGUGGACAUCAGUGUCCAGCUGCCAGCCGAGCUGCACCAGCCCGUGGGCCCCAGCUGGUUCUCAGAGCAGAUGGGCAUCGUGAAGCCCUCCCACCCUGACCCCAUCAUCCAUGCCAGCGAUGGGCGCUGCUCCGUCAGCUUCAGUGUGGAGGAGGGCAUCAGCGUCCUGGCGUCCCUGCAUGGGGACGAGGGCCCCGUCACUGAGGAGCUGCAGCGGCGCCACAUCUUCCAGCUGCUCCGGGAGAAGCGGGUAGAGCUCAAAGUCCAGCUGCCCCACGCUGGCAAGUUUGCCCUCAAGAUCUUUGUCAAGAAGAGGCAGGAACUGGGCAACUACGUCUUUGUCUUCAAUUACCUGCUGAGCUGCACCAACACCAAGGUGAACUGGCCCAUGUUCCCCGAGAGCUUUGGCAACUGGGGGCAGGGCAAUGAGCUGCUGGAGCCUCUGUCGGGUGUGCUUCCUGCCAACCGGAAUGUCCCAUUCAAACUGAAGCUGCAUGGUAUCGCCAAAGCCCUGGUGAAGGGGCAGGACACGCGGCCCCUGACCCUGAGUCGCGAGGGCUACUGGGAGGGCAGCUGCAGCACGGCCGGCUGCCAAGAAGUCUAUGUCAUGGUGCUGGAGAAUGCCAACCACAACUUCUACUCCUACAUCCUGAAGUAUAAAGUGAAUGCGCAAUGAGGCCCGCUCUCUGGCCACACCCGCCCAGGGGGCCAAGGCCAGACUUGCCCAGGGAGGGCCCAGGGUGAGCACAGAGAGCCCUGGACACCAUGGAGUCUGCGUGAAACUACUUCGGGGCCUCUGCCUCAGCUGCCCUGCUCUGAGGUGGGACCUGUCACAUCAGGUUCUGAUGGCUUCGCUCAGUCGCUCUGGCCGAGGGGACUGAGGCAAAGGCCCUUUAGAAGCAAAAGGUGCUAUGUAAAUCCAAGGACUUGUAAACUGUACGUCACUGCCCAGAUGCCCACUUCUCAGAGUAAUGCCCUCGUGACACUGUUGUUGUAGGGUUGAUGUGGAGAGGCAGGAAUGCUGCCCAGGCUAGGAGCUUUCCACGUGAUGGUGUCAAGGCGACGAGAUCUGCAAGGCUGAGUCAUCUGGAAUCGUAGAGACCCUUUCAGGUAGCGUUACAGUGUCUCACCAGCUCCUGGAUUCCACGGAAGCUGGAAUCAUCACCUUUUCCUGGCAUGACCAUCUUCCGCAUUCCCUGAUGCUUUAGCCACUUCUUGCCUUCAAGAGCCCUAGAAAAAGGAGAGGAAGCUAGCCCACCCAUGCCCAGCUGCAGGCUCCACAGUCCGUGUGUAUCCUGGGAGUGUGACAAAGAAACGCUAUGAGGAGACUCCAAAGCAGAGAGCAGCCAGUGUCCCCUUGGGUGUCCUGGAAGCUGGUGGGGGGUGGCAGCGAGGGAAGGACCCCAGAGCAGUUCUGAAGCCUGAAUCUAAGGGUCUAAGACCUCUGACUGCUCGGAGGAGCCUGCAGGGCAGUUAGUCCCGGGUAGUCUAGUUAAUCAGCCUCCCUCCAGGUCCUCUCAGAGACAGGGCCUCAGGGUCUGGUCUGUGCCCUUCCCAGGGAGUCUCAAAAGGCUGCUCGGCCCCUGGGGAGCCUUGCUGAUAACCCUAAAUAAAGACCUGGGAGUAGUGCGCAAGCUGCAGUGGGAGGAGACUCGCAUAGUAAUAGGGCUCCUGCCCCAGGACGCCUGCUGGUAGAACCAGGGCGGGGGGACCUCAACCUGCCCUGGGGGCUGUUUUGGGGCUUGUCUCUAUCCCAUCUCCCUUCCUCCCUUUCUCUGACAUGAGUGACCCCUGGAGUCUGGCCUUGGGCUUUCUGUGGAGACAGUUCAGGGCCUGCAGCCUCUGCCGCCCAGCGGGCCCUGAGCAGCACCUCAGGCGAGUGUUGCCAUGGCAACAGUGGAGAGGCUGGCUCCAGCGAGGCCAGAGGAGAGGCAAGGAUGCAGGGCCUUGUGCAGCCGCUGCCACACCAUCCCAGGUCCCAGAGACACUGGAGCUGGUCCCUGCUGACCUCCUGGAGUCUGCGGCUCUGUGGCCCCCCUGCUUCCUGGCCCCAGCGCCCCCUCACUCUCCACUCCCAAUGCCCCAGGUGGAGCUGCAGCCGGGGCCAGCCUGGACUCUCACAGCCUCUUCUGCCUUCAUCCUCACGUUUGUAUAUUCAACAAAUAUCCAUGGGGCACUUAAUAAGCAUGAGGCACAGUGCUAGAUGCUGGGGCUACAGAGGGAACCCAGGGGACCCUGCCUCUGCCAUCCCAGAGUUCAGGGUGGGUGGCGGCAGCCUGCCCUGUACAGGCCUAUCUACGAUUCCAGGCUCUUGACCCUGAGCCCUUCAUCCCCCUGGGCUCUUUCUCCAAAGGGGCCCCCAGAUUGGCCCUGGCCCAGAGGGAUGUUACAGGGGUGCCCAUUUUCCACCAGGCUGGGGUCCCUGGAACACGAGGAGAGUACACCACGGGGGUCUGGGCUGCCCUGGCUUGUUUCCAGUGCCCUCUGGCAGGCUCUGCCUCCCAGGCAUUGGGCACCUGUUAAUGCCUGAAAAUGCACAAAGGCCCCAGAGGUGGAGCCAUGUGCACCACAACAGGGUGCGCAGGGGAACAAGGAGAGGUUUUACAUCCUGAAAACAGCCUUUCCCACACCUUUGAUUUUGUGGGCUGAAAGAAAUGUGCUGUUUCAUCAAAAUAAUAAGUGUUUUCUAUGACUGGUGUCACUCACUGGACCCAGAGCGGGCCGCCACAGCUAGUCCUGCUGAGAAUGACACACACCAUUUUAAAAACAAUAUAACUAAUCAAUAUACCGUGGAGUGUGCGGAGGUUGCUCCCAACAAAAUAGGAAGUGUCCUGAGAACCCACAGGCGGUCAGACCGCCUCUCCAAGCGCCUGUAGAGCAUCAGCUGCCCUUCCUGGGGCCUUAAACCAGACACCCUCUAUGUAAAACAGCUGUAGGCACAGUCAGAAAUCACCUGCAUUUCUUUCCACUAAAGUAAAAAUACAUUAAAUGAAAUCCAAUCUUCAUGAAUUUUACACGCAUGCUGCUCAGAGUAGAAUUCGGGAUUGCAUUUUGAAAUCUUUUAUUCAAGUCCUCAUCUUUGUUUCCUGGUCGAGCGGUCCCAGCGGCAGGUGGAAUGGCACGGGCGCCCCCUGGUGCCCAACAUGCGGAGCUACCGGCGCUGCAAGCCUCCGAGAGACCAUCUAUCACCAGAGUUUUUACGCAGAAUUUGAAAAAUGCUGCACAGCUGUUUAUGUUAAAUUCACUGUGUGCUUUCUCGUGAUUUCUCAGAGCUUCCUCGUGUGCACACAAAACACUUCUUUGCCACUCACAAGCUGUGGGCAAGCUUGGGAGAUUGCUUGGCAUAGCGAGAAGACAUGGAAUGUAAUAGGACUUGGAGUGUUUUGCCGGGAAAUCCCGUCUUGAAACAGAAACGCCGGACAGAACUGGCUGGGGCAGCUUUGACCACACCCAUUACUGUGCCGAUGAAGGAUUGAAACUGAGCAAACUCAGAGCUUUUGCUGGCAAGGCCUAGCUAGGAGGGCAGUUCUCAGGCCACGGGGCAGAAAUGUGUGCAGGGUCCAGAACGGUCGGGGAGUGAGGGGCAAAAGGGCUACAACCACAUCUGCAAUGAACUUCUUUUAGGCUUGUUUGGGAAGCACCGCCAGCACAGCUGGACCCCAUUUUCAAUCUGAUUAUGACCAUUGUUGAGCUCCCCAUAAACUACGUUGUCCCUCCAGGACAAACUUCUCACAGCCUGCUGAGAUUAAAAGGAAAUAAAUAGAUUACCUGAAGCAUGCAGGAUUUAGGCUAGACUUGAAGAACUAUUUCCUGUUGUUGAGCAGGAGGAACAAGGUGCCAAGAAAGUCUGUGAAAUCCUCUUCUCAAAGGACUUGAAGAGCAGAACAGUUUUCCCAGUGGCCUGGGGUUUUACAUGCUAUGCUAACUGGAAGGACUAGAUUCUGUCCCAACCAGCUAAUCCUUGAAAUACACUAGAUGACCCACAGCAAGCACAGGGUGAACGCUGUUGCCACAGCCUUUGCUACUGGUAAAUGUUCAAAGGUGGCUGCACCUGUGUCCCACAUCAGUCUACCUUAGGUGCCUAAUUUCUUUUUAUUUGGCAUAAGUAGCUGGAAAUUAUAAGAGGUGGUGACUUUAUAUAACGGGUGCUCUGAGCUGUGUGGGCCGGUGGCUGUUAAGUAUGCUUUCUCCACGUUGUUGCAGGUGUUGUUUUCCAAUAAAACUUAUAUUCAUUUUUAGCCAACAA